AUGGCCUCAGACUUGGAGUUGGGAGGAUGUGGCAUACUGGGAGUGGGAGUCUGGCUCUCAGUGACCCAGGGAAACUUUGCCACCCUAUCAUCAUCCCUUCCCUCCCUGUCGGCGGCCAACUUGCUCAUCGCAGUGGGGACCAUAAUCAUGGUGAUUGGCUGUUUGGGCUGUGUGGGGGCCGUCAAAGAGAGCCGUCCCCUGCUGCUGACGUUCUUCAUCCUCCUCCUGCUCAUCUUCUUCCUGGAGAUUCUGUCCAUCAUGCUUUUCUUUAUCUACCAAGACGAGAUCGAUCACUACGCCCAGAGGGAUCUGAAGAAGGGCCUCCAGCUGUUCGGCACAGAGGGUAACGUGGGCCUGACCAACGCCUGGAUGAUCGUACAAACUGAUUUUCGAUGCUGUGGAGUAACCAACCACACAGACUGGUUCGAAGUGUACAAUGCCUCCCGCGUGCCGGACUCCUGCUGCCUGGAGUACAGCGACAAUUGUGGCCUGGACAACCCAGGGACGUGGUGGACAGCGCCGUGCUACGAGCGAGUCAAGGACUGGCUUAAUGAGAACCUGGUGGCACUUUGGAUCUUUGCUCUAUGCACAGCACUUACUCAGAUCCUGGGCCUGGUCUUCUCCAUGACGAUGUUCUGUCAGGCAGUGAAAGUAGAGACUUUCUACGCCUAGCGAUCGACCUCUCUGGCCUUCAGCGCACUUGGAUUGUUUCUCAUCAGAGAGGGACGGAUAUAGACCCGCCACCUCCUCCUCCUCCUCCUCCUCCUCUUCCCCCGACAGACUCUUCUUUCCUUGUCCUCUCUGUGACAUUCCCUCUCGGUUGUCGCCACUUCACAUUUUUUCUGCUAACUAUCAACAAGCACAGUGUCAGUGUAAUACCUGAGUUGGUUCCUUAUGGUUUUGCUGUGUCAAAAAAAAAGCUAAUUUCUGUGAUACAUUUUAUGAAGCAGUAUUAUGAACAUGUAUAAGAAAAAAAAAAGAAAUGUAACACCUUUUUUUAAUAUGUGUUUUGUUCUAAAUUAUUUUAUGGUUUGUGUGUGUUGUCAAAAUGAGAGCUACAGUUGGGGACCAUGUGAAGUGCUGCAUGUCUCCUGCGAUGGUGUGUAUUAAAUGUUGUGGCGCGAAUAAA